AUGACAUCCACCCUGGCUUCGUGCAUCUUUUGCAAGAUUAUCAAGGGCGAGAUCCCCUGCUUCAAGCUCUUUGAGAGCGACAAGACAUUGGCCUUUCUCGAUAUCAACCCGCUUAGUCGCGGUCAUGCUCUCGUCAUUCCCAAGCACCACGGUGCCAAGCUUGCUGAUAUCCCUGACGAGCACCUCUCGGAGAUUCUCCCUGUCGUCAAGAAACUCGUUGCCGCCAGCGGAGCCGAAGAUUACAACGUCCUCCAGAACAAUGGUCGCAUUGCUCACCAGAUGGUCGACCAUAUUCCAAAGCCUAACGAGGCCGAAGGUCUGGGUGUCGGUUGGCCUCAACAGGCAACCGAUAUGGAUAAGCUCAAAGCGCUGUUUGAGGACCUUAAGUCCAAGAUGUAA